CCACUCCUCAGUCACCAUGCCGAAACUGUUCCGAAUCCGGACGCAACCGUCGUCGAAGAACCACCUCCAGCCGUACCCCCAGAAGCCGGACGAGUUCAGCGAGCUGUUCCUGAUGAUGAUCAAGUGCUUUCGCCAGUUUGGGCUGUACACGGUGCGGAUUCGCUAUGUUAAGGGCCAUCCGAGGUUCGAGGCUAGCCGGGUGCUGGUCGUGAUCGCGGUUUUGAUUCUGCUGUCGAGUUGGGUUGUGUUGGUGGUUUCGUUUUUCCUGCAGUACAGGACGCCGGUGGUGACGGGGGUGGCCAAUCAUAUCCAGUUCAUUACGAAUGUGCUCGCGUUGACGGCGUCGCUUGGGAUUGCGAUCUUCAAGGGGAAUGAGCUGAACGGGAUCUUGCAGGAUUUCUGCGUGAUUGAUGAUGAGUUGAGUUAUUUCAGUGUAAGGUUGCCGCAUAAGCAGUUGAAGAAGGGGUUCUUGCGUUUCUACGUGAUCCAUGUGGUGUUCUUGAUUGUGUCGAUCUUGUUCGAUGGUUACGUGAUGCUGAUCAUGUCCACUGAAACGCCGAUUUGGUUGUGGUUCUUUCAUCUGCUGCCGUUCACGUUGUACUCGCUGGCUUUUAUGAACGCGUUCAUGAUGAUCCGCUGGGUAAAGCUGCGUAUAAAUCUGCUGAACACGUUGAUCGAUCAGUACCACUGCUAUCCGAUGUUCAACGAAAUGGGUCAUAACAACUUCAAGCUGACUACGAUCAUCCUGAUGAACGGGGGAGAAGAUCACCUGACUCCGAAGGAUGCAGUUGAAGAACCCACGAUCAGUACCCGCAUCCUCACGAUCGUGUCCCGUACGAUCGAUCUGGCAACACGGCUCGAAUCCUACAACGGACUCCUGUUCCUGUUCGGCUACCUCGCUCUGUUCUGCGUCACCACGAUCCAGGUGUACUACUGCUACCUCCACGUCGCGAUCGGCUCAACUAGCAAAGGCUUCUCCGGCGUUUCCCUAGCCCUGUCCGUACUGAUCAUCGUCGGCAACAUGAUCGCGACCCUCGCCAUCCCGUACAUCUGCGAGCAGGUUGGCGACGAGUUCAAAACGUUGAUGUCCUACCUGUCGAAGCUGUCGAUGCGGUACGGCCAGAACAUGCAGAGUUCGAUCUGGUUCCCGAAUCUGAUCUCCAGCAUCAAGUUCUCCGCGAUGGGAUUUUUCAACAUGAACUACAGCAUGCUGUCCGGGUUCAUUGCAGGUUUGAUCACCUACCUGAUCAUCUUCAUCCAGUUCAACGCGAUCGUGCCAGCGGAUGACAGCACGCAGCAGUUGGUUCGAGCGUUGAAGGAGAAAAAACAGUAAUUGUGUAGAUUGUAA